UUUUUUUUCCCUUCUACGUACUAAGUGCAUACUUGGACCCACCCUGAAGGGAGUGUGAAAUUAGAUUUACAAAGGAGGCUCUUCCUAUUUGAGAAACCAACCUAAUUAGUUUCCCCUUCAGCCGGCCCUUUCCCCUAUCUUCUCUUCCCCCCCGCCUUCCAAAAACUCACACCACAUCUUUUGUAAGACUUUUGUAGUAUUAUUAUUAGCUGUUUCAGCUUCAAAAUAACUUCGGUGCUCAGUUUGGGAAACACAAUCUCCAUAACCCGAGAUAUAUAUAUAGAGUAUACAUAAACAUAUUAGCUACCUAGGGUAUCUACAUCAAAGAAAGGAAAAAAAAAGAAAAGGGAAUGAUGUUCCAGACAAAGAAGCCGGCGAAUAUGAGCACUAACCCUUCAUCGGGGCAUCAUCAUCACGACGGUGGUACUAAUCGCGGAGGUGGUGGGAUGUGCGGCGGCGUUGGAGGAGGAGGCGGAGACUCCGGUGGACUUGUGCUGACGACGGAUCCGAAACCGAGGCUCCGAUGGACGGUUGAGCUUCAUGAACGCUUCGUUGAUGCUGUUACUCAGCUCGGUGGCCCCGACAAGGCGACGCCAAAGACGAUCAUGAGAGUUAUGGGAGUCAAGGGUCUUACUCUCUAUCAUCUCAAGAGCCAUCUUCAGAAAUUCAGGCUUGGAAAGCAGCCUCACAAGGAGUUCAAUGAUCAUCCUAUAAAAGAUGCUUCAACUUUAGAACUUCAACGAAAUACUUCAGCAUCCUCCUCCGGGAUCAUUGGUCGUAGUAUGAAUGAGAUGCAAUUGGAAGUACAAAGAAGGCUUCACGAACAACUUGAGGUACAACGACACCUACAAUUGAGGAUUGAGGCACAAGGAAAGUACAUGCAGACUAUCCUCGAGAAAGCUUGUCAGACCCUCGCCGGCGAGAACCAUCCCAUUCCCCCACCUUCCUCCUCCUCCGCCCCAGCCUUCAACAAUACUACCACCAAGCCCGGCCACCACCACCACCACCACCCCCUCAACGGCGGUGGUGGUUCUGAUCAUCACGAGCAUCAGGACAUCAAGGAUUUCAUAUCACCUCCAACUCACCAUCAACUCAAUUUCCCAUCCCUCCAAGACCUUAAUAUUUACGGUUCAGGUGCCGCCGGUGACCACCAUCACCUCGGCGGCCUGGAUAUGGAAAGAUCCUCCUCCGGCGCACUGGACGGAGGAGGAUUCAACAAUAUGUGUAGCUCCAGCAAUGACAACCUGAGCCAGCUGUUGGGUACUGGUGGUUCCAUUAAUAGUACUAAUAGUAAGAAACGGCCGCCUCCGGCGCCGCCUAGCCCUCCUUAUGGGGGUAAAUCAGCUUCACACAUGAUGUGGCCGCCGUCUUCCGCCGCCACCUCGCCUUCCGAUCACGAUCUCCGCCUUCAUCAAGAACUCGGGACCCCCGCCACGGCGGCGCUUGAUCCGUACAGUAUUAGCAAAGGUGACCAUCACCAGAACAUUGAUCAUCAACAUCAUCAUCAUCAUCGUCAUCUUCAGACGACCAGCAAUUAAGGAAAUGACAUUGAUUUGAUUCUAUUUCUAAUUCGAUUCAGACCUUACUGUUGCUCUUUACGACAUCACUAAGCCGCCGGCGGGUGCGGCGGCGGGAAUAAUAACCACCAGUGGAGAAGAUCAUCAGAUCAACCAAAAGGGCUCCUCCUCCGCCACCAAACUGGAAAGGUCAUCUCCACGAAGAGCGGCGGAACUCUCCGGCAAGGCAGUUGAGAAAUUAAACCUAUCCAUGAUCAAGUAGUACUACAACGGCGGCAAGAAGCUCUUCAUUUGGUUGAUGGAUUUUUAAAACUAUUCUCAUUUGGGAUGGAUGUAUGUACUAAUUAAUCUUAUAGAAUGACGUACGUAUGAUGACAUGCAGAGAUUUUUUUAUUGAUUGCGGAGCUAGUAGGCAAAUCACCCUGCCCGGUCCAAUAUUGAUGUUUGCUUUCGUUCUUGUUAAUUAAUUUUCAUUUUAUAUAGAGAUGAAAUAUUCAUUUGACAAAGGAGAAUUUUAAUAAAUUGUGACCCAAUCUAG